AUGACAGACGCUACGGCUGCUCCGGCAACACCAAUUGCCAGCUUUCGAGGUUGGCUCAUCGAAGCCGCCUGGUUGGGUGCAAUGAUAUCAAAUGCAUUCCCAAAUCCUCCAAAGGGGUCAUCAUUCGGGUCGGUGGUUUUAGUAGUGGUAGCAGAUGGUUCUGAGGUCGUAGUCGAUGUGGGAUCGGAUGCCGUUGCUGAGGGUGGUAGGGAUGGGAUGACGUAUGAAUCACUUGUGGUAGAAGUAGAGUGA